AUGCAGAUUCAUAGUGCUAAACCGAUUAAUAUUGUGACUACUUUGUAUAAAAAAUCUACAAGUGAACUGGAAUUACAGACAGAUCCGGUAAAAUUAUUGGAUAAUGGGACAGAUCCGAUCUCUCAGCCAUUUAAACAGACUCAGACUGAGAAACCCGAGGAGAAAAUGCUCUCAGCAAGACAAAUCAGGCUGGAUGAGAAGGUUGUGAAUACAGUAAUCGAGCAGUUACAACAAAUGGAAAUAGAAAAAUCUUUGUUCGAAGAGUUGGACACUUAUCAUGCUGAUAAAAAAGUCCAAUUGGAAUUGAUUCGGAAGGUUAGAAUAGAUGUGGUGAGUAACAGUCUUGUGUAGUAAUAGCAGUACUUGGUUAGUUGGAAGACAUUCCAUUGCACAGCAUCAGAUGUAGUGCUGACAAGAGGAUAUGUGCCCUUUUUGGGAUGAGAUCUCAUGAUGUCUGGUGUCUCCAUGCUGGUCGAUUACUUCUCUGGGAAAGAACCAACACUUCUUGGAUAUCAUUGAACAGUUGUCCAAGCCAAGUUCUUUUUGGGUCACAGAAACAGGUAAAAUUAUUCAUGUAUAAUAUUAAAAAGUACUGCGUUUUCUCAGGUAGUUGUGGGAACGGCAACUGGAUCUGUUUGUGUAGUCGUGGGGUCAGAUACUGUGUGGAGCUCAGAUCAAAUGCAUUUCCAGACGAUCUCAAGUCUUAGAUUCAUCUCUUCAAAGAUGAUUUUAUCGACAGCAAUGGAUGGGAGAUUGGUCGUGUCCAAUUUGCAGAUGACUGGACUAGAGCCAGUUAAGAGCGCUUCUGUCAAUGUCAGUGACUUGCCUCGAGGGAUGAGGAAAUCAAAUAAUUCAGCAACCAAAGUGAGUGCAGUCGACUCAACGAUGGACUCGUUCCAAUUAUUUGUCGCGAGUAAGUUGACAUUAAUUAGUAACAAUAAUUAGUUCUCUAAUAAAAAAAAUUACAAAAUUUUAUUACAACAUAUUUGUAGCUGAGACUGGAGCCAUUUUGUUGGUGGAUCCGGAAACCUUGACCACUACACCGGUUGGAUACGACCCAGAUGGAAUCGACGCCUUCCAAUGGAUCGAUGACAAAUUUUUGGUCAUCUCGGCAGCCGAUGGGGGAGUGAAAUUACUGGACAGAAACGGGAAAACUUUAGACCGGCUGGAUUGCAAGGCGGAUACACGACAAUAUUGCUUUAAUGGUAAAGUAUUUGUAUUCCUAAAUGGGGCAAAAAUAACCGGAUAUGACCUCGAAAAGACCAAAAAAUUAUUUGAUGAGAAUUUACAUCUACUGUCGGCAGAUUUUGAUGCUGAUGGAUAUUUGGUGGGGAUGGAUGAGGAGUACAACCUCAACUGGUUCGAACUUAAUUACAGUAAUUAG